UCUUUACUGUUCACUGAUUGGUUGAUUGCUGUCGACGUAGUGUUUGUGCAAAACAUUCGAUUUUGGAUUCUUUGCCAAAAUUCUGUCUUUGAAUUGCUUUUCAUUAAAUCGAUUGAACAUCUGAUCCAAAGAUAUCACUAAUAAUAUGAUAUCGAUUUGUACUCUUAUUUACACUACAGAAGUAAUUCAUUAACAGUUAGUUUAACGAUGUUUGGUCUGUGUUCGGGCCGUAAGCCAACCGGUGAAGUCAAUCGUCGAGUUCGGGCCAAUAUUGUGGACACAAUCGGUACUAACGCCACGUACGCCAACAACCGGAUCCGGACCACUAAAUAUACUGUAUUGACAUUCUUGCCGAAGAAUCUGUUCGAACAGUUUCAUCGGUUCGCCAAUUUGUACUUCUUGGGCAUACAACUACUCAAUUGGGUGCCGGGUAUCACCGCCUUUGCCAAAGAAGUCCAAAUGCUUCCCUUUUUAUUCGUAUUGAGCGUUACAGCCGUUAAAGAUAUUUUUGAAGACUAUCGGCGCUAUCGGUCCGACAAAAAAGUUAAUAACUCGAUAUGUCGUCGCUUUGAUGCAAAAACCAAUCGUUUUGUUAAAACCAAAUGGCAGGACAUAUAUGUCGGCGAUUUUGUCCACUUGUCUUGUGAUGAAAAAGUUCCCGCAGAUAUUCUUAUACUAAAAACAAGUGAUGAGUCUGGUCUUUGUUAUGUCGAAACGGCUAAUUUGGACGGAGAAAGUAAUCUAAAACAACGACAAGUGGUCAAAGGAUACGCCAAACAGAGUUCUACGUUUAGUCUGAAAAACUUUACGGCUAUUGUUGAAUGCGAUGCACCCAACUCUCAGAUCUAUCGGUUUAGUGGUUUUAUAACGGAAUCAAAUGGAGAACAGAUAUCCAUUAAUAAAGAUAAUCUACUUCUUAGAGAUUGUGUUCUGAAAAAUACAGAUUUUAUUGAUGGCUUAGUCGUCUAUGCGGGUCAUGAAACUAAAGCUAUGCUCAACAAUGGCGGACCGCGAUCUAAGAGAAGCAAAUUAGAACAGUAUAUGAAUAGAGAUGUUGUUUGGUGUGUUGUCAUUUUGUUACUCAUGUGUCUAAUUGGAUCUAUUGGUUACGCCAUUUGGCUGACGUCUUACGAAGACUGGAGAGAAGUGGUAUAUCUUAAUCCUUACCAAUCUAUUAGUCCGGCAUACAAUGGAUUUCUAAUAUUUUGGACAUUCAUUGUGUUAUAUCAAGUGAUUAUUCCAUUGUCUUUAUAUGUGACCAUUGAAUUGAUAAAACUGGGACAAGUAUAUCAUAUACAUCAAGACAUACAUAUGAUUGAUGAAAAAAGUAGUAAAAAAGUGUUUUGUCGGGCACUUAACAUAACUGAAGAUUUGGGACAAAUUGAAUACAUAUUUUCCGACAAAACGGGAACAUUGACUGAGAAUCAUAUGGUGUUUCGCCGGUGUUCUAUUGGUGGCAUUGACUAUAGUCAUCAAAAGCCUCAAUUGACUGAAGAUAAUUGUAAUUUUGAUGGCAAUGGCAGUGAAGAGUUUCUAUUGAAUCCACACCUAAAAGAAGAGCUAACACUAAUGGCUCAGAGAAUGCCUUCCGAAGAGAACUUGGAAUCCAAUCAAAAAACUACUUACGAGUUAUCCGAACAAAACAAACGCAUUCAAGACUUUUUUAUUUUGUUGUCUGUUUGUAAUUCUGCAGUCGCCUCCAAAUUUCCACAUAAAGAUCAGAUGACCGCUAGUGGACAAUAUCUCGAUCAGAUAUCACCGCCAAAAGAGACUGAUAAGAGUCCAUCAAUAAAAAGACCGCUCAGUUCGUUGAUAUCGUUUAUAUCUUCGGGAUCACCGGCAUCUCAACGGUCACAGAAAUCCCGUAGCCCAUCACCGCUACCAUUAAGACCAAUCUAUGAGUCUGAAAGUCCCGAUGAGGUUGCCUUAGUUACCGCUGCUUUUCGCUACAGUAUUAAACUUUUGAAACGAAACUCUGAGAUGGUUUUAGUGAGCCUUCCUUCUGAGGGAACCAUUGAAUUCAAAUUAUUAAAUAUACUGCCGUUUGAUUCGACCCGAAAGAAAAUGUCGAUUAUCUUAAAACAUCCCAAAACUAAUGAAAUCAUAUUGUUUUGCAAAGGCUCUGAUUCGGCAAUUUUGGAGAGUUUGGCCAAAACUGAUGACCAGGAAAUGACAACAAUUAUCGACACAACAAAAAGACAAUUAGACUAUUAUAGUAAACAAGGUUUGAGAACACUCUGUAUGUCUAAGAGAAUACUUUCUGAAGAGGAAUACAAUAAAUGGAAUGAAAACCAUAAGAAAGCCGAACAGUCGUUAAAAAAUUCAGAAGAAGUGCUGAUAGAAUCAUAUAAUCGAAUUGAAUGCAAUCUGACAUUACUCGGCGCCACUGGUAUUGAGGACAGUCUACAAGAACGAGUACCAGAAGUUAUAGCCAAUCUUCGAUUGGCUGGUAUUGUCGUUUGGGUACUAACCGGUGAUAAAGUUGAGACUGCAGUUAAUAUUGCCUAUUCGUGUGAAUUAUUUACUAAAAAUAUGACCGUUGAAUAUCUGACAAUUGAAUCUAAAGACAAAACACUACACAAUUUGCGGAAGCAUUUGCGACAACUUCACGAACAGGGCGUCACAAAAGCCAUCAAAGAUGUAGAGAUGUCUAAAGCUAUGCAAUGGUUUUUGAAUAUUAUUCUUUGGGGCGCUCGAAGGCCACAAACUUGUACUAUUGAUCCAAUUGUUCGAAGCAAACGUGGACUCGUUGUCGAUGGCAAGACAUUAUCGUUUGUCACCGAUAAAGAGUUUGUCGGCUAUUUCUUAGAGUUGGCACAAUUUUACAGUUCGGUGCUCUGUUGUAGAGCCACUCCGUUGCAAAAGGGAGAAGUUGUCAAACAUGUUAAAGAGAUUCUUAAAGUGAUGACUCUGGCCAUUGGCGACGGCGCUAAUGAUGUCGCUAUGAUUCAAACGGCUGAUGUUGGCAUUGGUAUUUCAGGUCAAGAGGGUACACAAGCAGUAAUGGCCAGUGAUUUUUCAUUACCGCGAUUUCUAUAUCUGGAACGUCUACUUUUAGUUCACGGGAAUUGGAGUUACUAUCGUUUAGCCAGAACUGUCCUAUACUUCUUCUAUAAGAAUGCAAGUUGUGUUUUUGUGAUACUUUGGUUUCAAAUAUAUUGUGGAUGGAGUGGUGCUGUUAUGAUAGAUCAGUUGUAUUUGAUGAUUGUUAACGCAAUGUUUACAUCGUUUCCACCGAUGAUUUUAGGCAUUUAUGACAGAGACUGUCCAUCAGAUUUGCUUCUCAAAUAUCCACAUCUCUAUGCGAGAGGACGUAAAUCAAGAGUUUAUACAGAUUAUUCAUUUUGGGUGAAUAUGUUUGACGCCUGUUAUCAAAGUAUUGUAAUAUUUUUCGUGCCAUUAAUUUUCUUCUUUGACACCGAUAUUGGGUUUUAUGAGUUCGGAACUAUAGUAUUCACUGCAGUUAUUUUAGUUAAUUUGGUUCACGUGUCCAUUGAAUACAAGUCGUGGUCAAUACUACAUGUGAUGGCACUCUUGUUCAGUAUUGUUAGUUAUUUUUCAUUUGCAUACGUCUAUAAUUACUUCACACUCGGAGGUAUGUUCUCAUCCGAUGCUUAUAUGGUAAUACAGCAUGUUUCAUAUGAUCCCCGGACUUGGUUGGCGAUUGUCAUAAUUCUUGUAUUGGCAGCAUUGCCGCGAAUAACUGUGCGAUCACUACAAACCACAUUAACACCGAGUCUUAUAACACAAGCGGUUCAGACAAAUAAAGUAAAGAGUAAAGAAAAAACAGAAUACUUUAUGGACAACAUUCCCAAUAAGAAGCCGACCAUAUCUGCCGUCUGGACAAAGAAAACCAAAUCCAUGAUUAUGUCUGAAAUCGGUUCGACCAAUAAAUUGCAACAAAAGGUCGUCGACAACACCGAUAAAACUAAAGCCAAAGAUUUUACCGAAACAAACGAGACUAAAGUUACGGAAGGUUCGGACAUAAAGUCAUCAGAAGCAACACUAAACACUAUCCAAACCAAAGUUGAUGUAAAACCAACCGAUUCUAAAUCCAAUGUAAAACCCGAACCGCAAAAACAAAAUUAG